GACACAGUUCGGUCGAGCUUUCCUUCGCUACGGUGUCUCCAAUGGCGGAUUGAAUUUACUUUGUAUCUGAAGUGUGUGUUGUUCCUUGGCUCUCGCUCUCUCUCGCUAGCUCGCUGUCUAUUUCAGUCUUUUAUUCCGACCCACACCUACAGUGUGUGUUCUCGAGGAGAGGAAGCAAAAGUUCGAUUCCCAGACGAGCCAGGAAAAAACUGGCACAAUUUUCUGCUUGUUCGGGCUAGGAAAAGUGCCUCGAUUGGUGUCUUGACGCGACCAGGAAGUUCUUCGAUAAAAGGCCUUCCCACUCGGCCAUGGAAAUGGAGCCGCGGGUGGCGAUUCUACAGGACCUCAAAAUUCAAUCAUUCGACACAAUCCGCUUUGCCUCGUACCGAACCGCGUGCAAACUUCGAUAUGUACAAAAGUCAACAAACUUGCACCUCGUCGACAUCUGGAACGUGAUCGAGGCGUUCCGCGAGAAUGGCCUCAACACGCUGGAGCACCAGAACGAGGUCAGCGUGAGCCGGCUGGAGACGCUGGUUUCGUCUCUGUACCACAACCUGAACAAACGUCUUCCCCCAACGCAACAAGUUCCUGUCGACUCCAAGGCUAGUCUACUGCUGAAUUGGCUGCUGGCGGCCUAUACCGGCGACAACUCCGGCAAGAUCCGGGUGUUCUCGAUCAAAGUUGCACUGGCCAUCAUGUGUGCCGGCAAGAUGGUGGACAAGCUGAGAUAUAUUUUCUCUCAAAUUUCGGACGGUGCUGGUCAACUAAUCCACUGGAAGCUUGGAGACUUUCUGCGAGAGGUGCUAGCUCUGCCGGCUGCAGUUUUCGAAUCUCCCACAUUUCACUACAAGGAGGGACUCGAGAGUGAGUUGUUCCCUGUGGAAAACAAAAUCACCGUGAACGAUUUCAUGGCUGCCCUUAUGUCUGAACCCGGUCCGUCAUGUUUGGUCUGGCUUUCGCUGCUACAUCGAUUGGCUACCGUGGAAACGGUAGUUCACCCAACCAUUUGUUCCGUCUGCUUGAGGGAGAACUUCACCGGCUUCCGGUAUCGAUGCCAGCGAUGUCAUGCCUACCAGCUCUGCCAGGAUUGCUUCUGGCAGGGUCGGGUCUCUCUAAACCACCAAAACGACCACGAAGUGAAGGAGUAUUCUAGCUACAAGAGUCCGAGCAAACAGAUUGGCCAUUCGCUGCGGAAGAGCUUCCGAUGUGUGCCGGAGAAAUCAAACCAGGUGCUGCCGCGGUUUCCCGAGCAACCGGAGAAAACGCUAAACUUGUCGCAUAUAGUGCCACCUUCGCCACUGCCGUCCCACAAUGGAUUCAACGAUGGAGGAAUGAUUCCCGGCAUGUACGACCGAAGCAGUACACUGGACUCGAGGGGGACCGGAUUGUCGUUGGAUAGUAAUGGCACAUCCUUGCCCCGGGGUGGAGCCGCUUCAAAUGACGAAGAACACAGGCUUAUCGCAAGGUAUGCCGCGAGACUUGCUCAAGAAAGCCGGACGCCCGGUGGUUCUGCCCCCGAUCCGGUACAAAUCGGGUUGGAUAGCUCCCGAGCGCAGCGGGAGCUUAUAAUGCAGCUUGAGUCCAAAAACAAAGAAAUUAUGCGUGAGAUUCAGAAACUUCGACGGCAGCAGGAAGCCGAACAGGUGGCACCCGAGAGUCCUGCUCUAAUGAAUGAACUGCGAGCGCUGCGGCAGCGAAAGGGUGAACUCGAAGGUCACCUGGGAGCACUGCAGGACUCACGCCGACAGUUGAUGGGGCAGCUGGAGGGAUUAAUGCGAAUGCUGAAGAACCAUCAGACACAGAGCCCUCGCUCCACACCUAAUUCUAGUCCGCGGUCGGGCAAGAGUCCACCGCUACCACAAGGUCCCCAAAUGCCGAAUCAAUCGCGGGUACCAAUGCCACAAAACAUGCCACCUCACAUGCAGCAGAACAUGAUGCAACAGCAGCAGCAAAUUAUGCUAAACAAUCACCAUCAGGAGCCUCCGGGAAUGAUGGGACAUCCUCAUCCACUCGAUAUGCGAGGUUACGCCCCCAACGGAAACAACAAUGGGGCCAGCGGUCUUGCCAGAACGCCGGCUGGGGUUCGCGAGAGGAACGAUUUGCACUAUGCCGUCGAUUCCGUCUCCUCGGCGAUGUCUUCGCUAGUGCGUGAACUGAACUCAGGAUCCGACGAAGAGUAUGACAUGCACUAUCAUGUCAGACAAUCUCUAGACUUCGACGAGAUGCAGAUGCAGAUGACCAGCCACGAGUGGAGUGAAAAGGUAGGUACCAGCAGAGAUGUCACCCACUCAUCAUCAGCGCUGACAAACAAAUCCCGUAUUCAAUUCAAGGAUAACGCCCAAUGGCAAGAGCAGUUUGCCCAGUGGAGUCUCAACUCGCAAAAUCAAUAAAAAUCGUCCGAAGCACAAACCGUUUGGAAUAGCUUCGUGCGAAAAGUCAUUGUGGAAAGGGUCUCAUCUCUUUUCUCUCGCUCCAUAGGAACACACAUUCUUGAAAAUCCACCACAUCUAGCAAAUCAAUCUAGUAUCAUAUCAUUACCAAAAAAAAAGGAAACUCAAGCAUACAUAAUCGUUAGAGAAGAGUGCAGCAUGUAACUCAAAGUUAAUCAAACGUGAUGCACUUCUAGGAGCGUUUAGCCAUCGUGAAUGGCCGUGUUUUGAUUGGGCGUUUUUUUGUACAAUAACUUUGACCCAAUUCGAAGCUAGAUACUUUAAAAACUCGAUAACCUUCUUAGUAGAUAUUAUGAAACACACAGUCAUGCAUCUAGAAUGAUUGAUUGAAGGCGAGCAACUUGCCUCAACUGACAAUUUGGUUCUUUACCAUUAAAAACUACUUCUUGUGAUCUCCAUCGUUAUCCAGCUGGAAAUCAAUCCUCUUGAUGCGAAGCUAGCGGAAGAGAUGUUAAUCAAACGAUACUAAAAAUACUUAGAUACUAAACGAAACGGUUCCAUUCCAAAACUAGAUGUGACUUAAUUAGGUUUUUUUUCCAUCUCCUCUCCACUGCUUAGUUCGCUAAAAAAUGAUUUUUUCUGCAAUCAAUUGUAUGUUUUGUCGUUUCGAUGUAAGCCAUGCACAUAUGUACAUGUUAUUUUACUGCUCCAUAGUCUAUUGAGUCCUAGAAUUUGCUCAGCAUGCGUACUCUACAAAGAUCGCACGUUGGAGUGACGCAAAACUGUUCUUCAAGGUGUCAUACCAUUGCAAUGUAUGAAUUAUGAGAAAUUUUAACUCGCGAACAUUUCUUAUGGAAUAUUGCAAAUGAAGCAACAAAAUGAAAUCGAUGAUCCAACCCUGAGAUGAGAAAUAAACCGGGGAAUGAAUACCUUAAACAAUAUGUACCACUUAGGGAGAAAAACGUGUUUUCGACAAAAUAAAUAAUACUCGUUACAAGUAAACAAAACAAGAAAGAAUAACUCAAUCAAUUUUAGUAGAUUUUCUUCGUUUGAAAUAUAUAAAUAAACAAUUGUAACAGCAUUUGAGCAAGCAGGGAGGACAAAAUAGUUUAGAUACGAGUAACAAUGUAUCGAACGCCGCACAAUAUAUACAACUGCAGGCAAAAGUAAAGACGUUUGUAGGCUAGCAACAACGAUUCACUCGGAAACGGGAGAAAAAAAGCAAACUAUUGGAAACGAUUCUUAGUGAAAUAUCGGAAGCCUUUUUGUUAGCGAACAGGGAAGAUUGAUUGAUGUCCCGCUCUCCUGAUUCUUGCAUAUUUGGCGCACAUUGCGGUUAAUGUUGCAGCGUCUAUUAGUACGCGACGAGAGCUCGUCGGAUAUUGGCAGAGAACAGUUCAUUUGAUAAUUAUUGAACCAAAAUGGAGAACGAAAUAUCGAAUAGCAAAACAUUUUACAAACGAUAUGGAUAAUUGAUCAGAUUUGUCGUUAAAAAAUAAACAAAAAAUAUGUAAUCCCAAACUUGAGAAAAAAAAUCACAUGUAACCACACAUUAGAGCGGAAAAUAUUGAAACAAAAAAAAACAAACCAAACCCAAAUUA